GCGCUGCAAGUGCGCGCUGAGAGCGACAGACGCUGAGGACUUGAGAUCCGUUAGCUCAGUUCGUCGCGUCCGCGGAAAGUGGACGAUUCGGCCGUGCUGGAGCAGGGCGACUGUGCGGUACCGCCGAGCUGACUUCUGUUCGUCGCUGGCCCCCUCACGCCAAGUGUCGGUCAGAUGACACAUGACGUCUUUUUUUGUCUGAGCACGGGAGCCGAGGGAGUGUUUGGCGUCGCUUUCACACCGCGCUGGAGGACCAGCAACCUGCUAGUGGCGGCGCUCGGCUCUGGGUUUCGCUUUCUUUGUCGCUUCUUCACGGACAGCGGUAAAAUAAAAUUCAAGGCGAAGAAAUAACGCAUGUGCGGCAGAGGAGCAUGUCAGGGAAACACUACAAGGGGCCUGAAGUCAGUUGCUGCAUCAAAUACUUUAUAUUUGGAUUCAACAUUAUUUUCUGGCUACUUGGAAUUGCCUUUCUGGGGAUUGGACUCUGGGCAUGGAAUGAGAAGGGGGUGCUCUCCAAUAUCUCCUCAAUAACAGACCUGGGGGGCUUUGACCCCGUGUGGCUCUUCCUGGUGGUUGGAGGAGUGAUGUUCAUCUUGGGCUUUGCUGGUUGCAUUGGGGCACUCAGGGAGAACACCUUCCUACUGAAAUUUUUCUCUGUUUUCCUGGGCAUCAUAUUUUUCCUGGAAUUGACAGCAGGGGUCCUGGCCUUUGUGUUCAAAGACUGGAUUAAAGAUCAGCUGAACUUCUUCAUUAAUAACAACAUCCGAGCGUAUCGUGAUGACAUUGACCUCCAAAACCUCAUUGACUUCACCCAGGAAUAUUGGCAGUGCUGUGGAGCGUUUGGUGCUGAUGACUGGAACCUGAACAUUUAUUUUAACUGCACUGAUGCCAACCCCAGUCGAGAACGCUGUGGGGUACCCUUUUCCUGCUGCACCAAAGACCCUGCUGAAGACGUCAUAAACACCCAAUGUGGCUAUGAUGUGAGGGCAAAGACCGACAGCGAGCAGCACAACUACAUCCACACCAAAGGCUGUGUGCCUCAGUUUGAGAAGUGGCUGCAGGACAACCUGACUGUUGUGGCCGGCAUCUUCAUCGGAAUCGCAUUGUUACAGAUCUUUGGGAUUUGCUUGGCGCAAAAUCUUGUGAGUGACAUCGAGGCUGUAAGGGCAAGCUGCUUGCAUACCUGAUUCUGUCAGACCCCCUGGCCCUUGACGUCACAGAUCCCUUCAGAUUCAGUGAAGAGGGUUUCCAAGAUCCAGCAGAAUCCCAAGCCACCCAUUUUGACACGAUGACGUAUCUGUACUUCUGUUUUCUCCUUUGUCCGUAUGCAUACAUUUCUAGAGAUCUAUGGAUAUCAGUGUGUGUCAUAUCUGUAUCUCUCGACGUAUUUAUAUAGAUACUGCAGUAGCAGCGACACGAUACAGAUAUUCACAAGAAAUUGUGACAUUCAUUCAUUCUAUUUGUUCUGUGACAAGUCUCCAUGCACUGCAUGCCCACCCUCUGGCAUUUGUGCCCCAUGUGUGUCAAACGCAGGUGGGCAGGCACUCCUUGACGUGGGGCAGUGCCCGGCUGUCGUGCCACUCUGUACAGUACGUACACUCUCGAUUCCGUUUACACGGAGGGUCCAGUGAGUUCACUUGUAACGCCAGCCACGGGCGUCUUCCUUUUAGCUCAGAUGUGUGUGACAAUGACGGGCGUCACUGUGUGUCAUUUGGAGUUGUAAUCUGGGGCGCCAGUAUCCGAAUAUUAUCAGAGUACCGGUCAGCACAGAAAGAGCUCAAGUGUGCCAAAGUAAAAGAUCGAAGGCCAGAGCGCCACUCCAGUAUGUAUAUAAGGAAGGAAAAGUACGAGGAGCGCCAGCGUCAACGUGGCUUCUUCUUCUACCCUAAAAACGAGAGUACGUCAGGCCAUCGAGGUUCUCAGCAGGCGCAGAUCGUUCUGUACAGUAGGUGUGUGUGUGUGUAGAGACAGAGAGAGACGCGUGGCACCGAGCCGACACCUGUACACCUCCGAGUCCGAGCCACGCGAUCGUCACGUCUGUAAACCGCGUCACGAAGGGAUGGCUUAGAGUGGAUUCGGGAACGGAUCGUUUGACUACGAUAUUACUGAAUAUAUAUUUCAAGUUUUGGAAACAAUCUAACUUGGGACAUCACCGGUUCAUUAGGCUUAGUGAGGCGACUGUCCGGGGGUCUCAACGUAGACAGAGUAGAUUUGCAGAUGUAACUUUAAUUGCUUAGUUUACACAUUUUUCUAAAAUCGUUAACAAAGCGUAUGCCACCUCAGUUUAGCACUUCUAUCCUUUCUUUGGAGUCGCCAAUUCAGCCUGCCAGUUCGUGAAUGGAGACCUCAGAUGAGCGAUCACGAGAAUCGUAAAGUCGUUAUUGAUUUGGUGGUCGGCCCUCCCGUGGGAUCCUGGGACUUGCUCGGCCGCUCUCUCGCUGUCCAGUGCGGUUCAUUGGCUCCUUCUGGUCUCUCGGCUGGAGGAAGUCAUGACUCCUGUUCUUACCUGUUUAUGACGCCACCUCCAUCAGUCAUGCCCACCUUACCACACGGGUCUCGCUCUUCAGAUGCCUUCAGUCGUUUGUGAAUGGUGUUCUGCUCGUCACGUUGAUACAAAUGCCCUGGGAGCCCAGACGAUGCCCUCUUUGGCACUUUCGUAAAGUUGUGUACAACAUUUGAUUGGUGUGAUGCCCCUCAGUAUCCUUGGGUGCCAUUCAUGACGGGGCUGCAAUCAGACGACAAACCGCGCACGUUGGCACAGAGCUUUCAUAACAGACCUCCUUUGUGGUUUCCCAGCUGUGCCAGUUCAUCAGUUGUCAUGUAAAUUUAAAGAAGUCGCCGUACAAGUCACGGGCCGAAUGUCUGCUGCGUCUCAGAGCCGUCCGGCCAUUGCAGAAUUGCCAGUCAGAAUGCUGAGAGGAGAGGAAGGCGAGGCGGGGGGGGGCACACAUGAUGCCAGCUUGAGGAGAGUGUUUACCAAACCAGGGCUGAGACCAUCCUGCACCUUGGUGAUGCUAAAGUCAGCUUGGCCAAUGAAAUGAAGUCACGAGUUGCCUCCAGGAGGCUGCGGGCACAGUGACAUUCUGAUGCCACUCCAUACCAGCUAAUGCCAUGCAUGCCUACAGUGUCACAUCUCAUUUGGAUGUGGGAGAUAGAAACGGCUUUUUUACUCCACAUGGACGUUAGUUAAGGUCCUCGUCCCAAUUUGUGUCAUCGUGUUCUGCACCAGCAGACAGCCUACGGCUACCGCGUGGAAACUUGACUUUUCAUAAGAGCCCACCACCCUGUGCCACCCGUGGUGUGCAGGCUGGCUGCCCUCGUAAUCGAGGGGUCCAUUGAGCUGCUGGUUUUCCACUGAAAGUCGUCGUGAUGGAAUCUCAGGACAGCGGAGCCCAGGUGGAUCUUGUCAUGUCACACUGUGAAGGCGCGUCACCCUGUCCUGGUACUUCUCGUAGUCCUCGUCCACAGCGCCUGGCGUCACCCCGGCCUGCUCGCUCCUCUUCACCCGAACCUGCGCUGUGGCCGCGGUCACUCGCUGCUUCAGCCCGUUAGGAUUUUAGGACGUCAGUUACGCCCUCGGCACAUCGGAAGCCAUUUGAACCUGAAGUGUGGUGUCCUGGCGCCAUUUUGAUCAACUGAGCGCCUCAUCUCAGCUGGUCGGCCCGAGUUGAACCAGUCAAGAUGAACAGGACCGAGAUCUCAAAACGGAAGGCUCAGAGAUUCACACGGCGACUGGUCAGAGUGGAGCGAGCUGGCAUUACUUGUAGCUUCCUGCAGUCCACCAUUGACAGGUCAGAGUGGAAACUUCUGGAACGUUUUGGGCGACGUUUGCAACCCGUUGCCUUGUUGAAGAGAUCUGUAAUUCUGUCUCGCUAAACCCCCCCGUUGUAGUCUCUUGAGUGACAUCUGUAGUGUGGCGAAUGCCAGUUAGUCUAAUUGGCACCAAUCUGCCAUCUUACAGAAGUACAAGUGGAGUUUGAGACUCCCAGCAGGGCCGUGAAUUGGCUUUGCUGAACUGCCCCCUUGGGCGUGAGUGUGGUCACCCACCAAUGGCCUGGCGCCCUGUCCACCAGUCGUUCCUGUUGGGCACCCGAUGAUUGCUGGGAUUUGCUCCAGUGACCCUGCCCUGGACAAGAAGGUUGGGAAAAAUGGAUUUUAAAGGUGGACAUGGAAACAGGGUUAGGGUGUGCAGCGUCAAUUCUGAACAAUGUGUUGCCCCCCAUUCAGGGGUUUGUUGGAGGGCUAAGUUUGUAAAACUCUAAAUUCGGCCUCCGUAUCUGAGCCACUAGUGGUUCUCUCGCUUUCAUCUGUAGGACCCCUGCAUUGGACUGAUGCCCCUUAGCCCACUGGUGCCAGGAUGGGCUCUGGCCCUCCAUAACCCAAUUCAAGUCUACUUCAAAGACUUUUAGCAAGCUGGCACCUGUGCCUCCUCAGCUGUCCUGGUGUGCCACGUUGUAUGCCACGUUGUGUGCUCAUUUUUAUCCCAGAAGUGGCACAGUGGCUUUAGGUGCAUAUUGAUGAUAAACUCCGUGUUUGGCAGGACUGGCCAAGGACAGACUAGGAGAGCAGCAGCAGACGCUUAAACAUGGCACUUGCCUGGCAUCACCACACAGUCCCCUGCACCGAUUAGUCUGCUCUGCCACGGGUGACAGGUUGAGGGGUCUUUGCGGUCAGGGUGACGGCAGGCCCAGGUGGAUCUUGUCAUGUCACAACUUUUGGUGCUUUUACUUUAAGCCACUUGGAAAUCAAACAGAAGAAGCUGGCACUGUCACUGGCCUGCUGCGCCAACUGGAAAGGGAGCUUGUGCCCAGAAGUAAGGUCCCCCUUCAGCCAGGCCCCCUCACACACGUCGUCUGCAGGGCUGGCGUCAGCCGGGGGCACACAGUCAGUCGGGCAGUGGCACCAUGGAGACGUUUUCACAAAAUGCUGCAUUCGAGUCCAAAGAGCACACUUGGGACCGAGCGUGUGGCACAAGGACCCACAGAGACACAAUUUACUGGUGCCAGAGGUGCCAACAGCGUAAAGCGCAGGAUGACACGAGUCGUUUUGCCAAAAGGGCAGCUCUGUCACGUGAGCAGGCCACACGCGCUCCGCUGCCGCCGCUGCCACUCCUUUUAUACGCAGGGCUUGACGGCUGGUAAACGAUUUUCUAACGGAUGUGCUUUGUUUCACUUUUCUAUUGUGCUGUAACAAUGUAUUUGAAUUGUUCAGGGAGGAAGAGUAACUUUGAAUAAAACAAGAACCUGGUAACACGC